AUGGCUGCCAUGGCCUCGAAUGAAAUGCCCGCAGGUGGUCAACCUAGCCAGUACUCAGCACCGGCACCGCAAAUGAGUAGUCAAGCUCCCGCUGGAUCAAAUGCAGCGCCUAGUUCGCAGCUUCCUGGACAUGCUUCAUUUAGAAGACAUGCCAUGCCAGAAAGAAUAUAUAUUAAUGGGUCGAUAGAAUGCAAAAUUCCAACACCGAAGCGCAAGAAAACAAAUGGCAAGGGCAAAGAUUCUGAUAGGUACAAUCUACCUCGGGCCUCUUUAGGGCUUGCAGCUGACGAGGGUAGCGACCGAGGAGAAACAGUCGAUGAACGGUCACCUCAGAAUGAUUCCCCGAGCACCCAGACCGCGAGGAGCACAACCGCCUUUAACUCUUCAGAUGGGACACCUUCGACUUCCCUUACUGAAGCUCAGGUCCGCCAACGGGAGAAUGACGAGAAUACCUACGCUCAAUUUAUGAAGCCUAAAUUCACCAGAGCGCCCAUCAAGGAGGCAGGACGAGUGGCAUAUCUAGGAGAAUCCUCAAAUUUGACAUUACUCGUACACGAUCGGCAUGGCAAUGCGGAUGUCGUGCAUUACCCUUUACCGGAGAAUAUCAGAGGAUCUAGAGCGAGAUUGACGGAACUGGAUAAUGUGGAAAUCGAUAUCCUACAUCAACGGGGAGCAUUUUUACUCCCCCCUCGGUCUCUUUGUGAUGAACUGGUUGAUGCGUAUUUCAAAUGGGUUGCUCCAAUUGUGCCAGUAAUCAACCGAAACAGAUUUAUGAGACAAUAUCGCGAUGCGAAAAAUCCACCUUCACUCCUGUUACUGCAAGCUAUUCUCCUGGCUGGAUCCAGGGUCUGUACAAAUCCCCAAUUGAUGGAUGCCAAUGGAUCAACAACUCCCGCUGCCCUGACAUUUUACAAACGUGCUAAAGCCCUCUACGACGCAAACUAUGAAGAUGACAGAGUUACAAUUGUACAAGCUUUGGUUUUGAUGGGAUGGUACUGGGAGGGACCAGAAGAUGUGACGAAGAACGUGUUUUACUGGAGCAGGGUUGCUACCAUUGUAGCACAAGGCUCCGGCAUGCAUAGAAGUGUUGAAGGUUCCGCACUUAGCAAAGCCGACAAGAGACUUUGGAAGAGGAUUUGGUGGACAUUGUUUACCCGUGACCGAUCUGUUGCCGUUGCUCUUGGCCGUCCUGUGCAUAUCAAUACGGAUGAUUCUGAUGUGGAGAUGGUUAGUGAGGAUGAUUUCGUUGAGGAUGAGAACGAUCAACCCGCCGAAUUCCCUCAAGAACCUAUGCAUAUACAAUUUUUCCUACAAUACGUUAAACUUUGCGAAAUCAUGGGAUUGGUUCUUUCACAGCAAUACAGUGUAGCUUCAAAAGCUCGACGGCAAAACGCGAUCGAUCUUACCCAUAGUGACAUGGCACUGGCAGAUUGGCUUCAGAACUGUCCUAAAGAGGUAUAUUGGGAAAUGCCUCGACAUCAUUUCUGGUCAGCUCUGCUACAUUCAAAUUACUACACAACACUCUGUUUGUUACACAGAGCACAUAUGCCACCCGCGACUACACAGAGAGGUGGUUAUGAGGAUAAUGUGUAUCCAUCUCGGAAUAUUGCCUUCCAAGCAGCAGCCAUGAUUACCUCUAUCAUCGAGAACCUAUCAGCACAUGAUGAGCUACGAUACUGUCCAGCAUUCAUCGUUUAUAGUUUAUUCUCUGCCUUGAUCAUGCAUGUCUAUCAAAUGCGAUCUUCGAUACCUUCCAUCGUUGCAGCUACUCAAGAGCGAAUGCGUGUUUGUAUGAAUGGUCUAAAAGAUGUAUCGAGAGUUUGGCUCGUCGCGAAGAUGGUAUAUACACUUUUUGAAUCCAUUUUGGGAAACAAGGUUCUUGAGGAGCGUCUUCAAAAGGCUGCUGGAAAGCGACAUAAACGGAUGGUGCAGAGCAUUAGUGAGGGUCUCAAUCAAGCCAAAAAUGAGCCCCAAAAGAGAAAAUAUGAUGAUAUGAUGCUGGACUUCGGUGUGAGCAGUGGACCGGCGCCACAGGAAUCGUAUGAACGGUCCAGACCACAGACACCCAGUCAAGGUUACAACUCAUCCUCAAUGCCUGCACCGCCUAUCACUUCGCCACAGCACAGACAGAAUCGAGACACAUUCAUGGGAGGUUCUAACUCUCGCCCUCACACACGUCCCCCCACGCCUUUCAACCCCUCAUAUUCCGUCCCAGCCACCCCUCCGGAUCUCUAUCUUGUUACUAGAAACUCCCCAAACAUAUCGCAAUCUCUCUGGGAGAACUUUCAGCCAGAUCAACUGUUCCCUGAAGGCGGUCCUAGUUUGAAUAACAUUCAGUUUUCUCCACCAAAUCAUCCCAAUCUUGACCCAAAUCUCAUGCCGCACCUAGGUGGGCCUCAACAUCCAAUCCAUAAUCAGAAUCAAUCAAAUCAGUUGCCUCAACGCAUGCAACGAGGCCAACCCGGAAUGAGUGGUAGCCCCAUUCAAGGAGUUGGAAUGCUUCCAACAGGAGUUCCUAAUUAUGGCAUGGGCCAAGGUAUCUGGCAGCAAGGCUAUGAACAGCCAAUGCAUGAAGCUCAAGGUCAAAGUCCUAGUGAUACUUGGAGUAACAGUUCUGCACAAGCUGUUCCUACAACUUUGAACGUUGAAGAUUGGUUUCAAUUUUUUGGGAUCAAUGGGGAUUUAACUGGUAUGAAUGGCGAUGUACCACUCGCUUGA